CAUGUAUAGGCCAAUUAGAUCAUAGAUGACGAAUUGACUACAUCAUCUAAGGCUCUUAAUUUGAAAGGAUAUAUAUAUUUUUUACCAAUUGUGUUUCUUAAAGUGUAAUCUGUUUUUUAACAUUUAAGAAUCAUAUGUAUGUUUUGAAUGCAAAAACUCUCCCUUUACUCUGUUCUCUCUCCUAAAAAAAAACCCAUAGUUUACCUUCUCCGGCCCCCAUGGGAGGAGGGAGCCUUGGCUCCUUCCUCCUCCUCCUUCCCCUUCCGCCCUCUUCCUCUUCCCCUUCUUAUCCUUCUCGCCUCUUUUGAGGCCAAACCCGUCUCUUCGGAGGCUCUACCUGCCUUUUCGAAGGCCCUAUCUUACACUUUAGUUGUUUUUUCUUCUUCCAAUAAUUGCAUCGCUCACUCCUCCACUGUAAAUCCACCGUUCAUCGGCGGCUUCCAGCGACGAAUCGGCUCCCUUUUUGGAAAUUUUAGGUUUGAUUUUUUCAAAAUCAGAUCUAUCAUUUUCAGGAAGCCAUCGCCAUACACGCGCCCCUCCACCGUGUUCCUGGGUGUCGCCGCUUCUGUCUGCCACCAGAACCGCCCUCAUACGACGUCCACGCGCCGGAGCGUGACUAACACGCGCCAGCGAGUGGAUCUCACUCGCAGGCGCGUGCAGUUCACGCGCCACCCUCUCAGGUGCUGCACCUCCAACGCUCCGCCUUUUCGACUUCCGUCUCCACCUCUGGUGGAAGCAUAUGCAAAUUCCAAAGAGGAGGACAAGGGAAGCUGCUUCGGCUUCAGUUAUGUUCGUGAUGUGCCACCAAAGCCUUUGGAUCCCAACGACGUAGACCAGCAAUUUGAGAUAUUUCGAAAGCAUUGGGGUUUUGUCGCCAAAUCCUUAUCUCCAGAUGGGUUCCCUCCAAAGUUUCUCCGAAGCAAAGGGUGGAAUGUGAGUACCUCAACUCCCCGCGAUUUCCAUUUAGGCGACGCACGAGGCAUAGACAAUGCCCUCCGUGAUCGCCUUCCAGACUUCAACUUCCCGCUAUCGCACAAGAGUUGUCAGCCAGUGGUUGUAGGAAAGUGGUAUUCUCCUUUCAUGUUUGUUAGGGAAGGACUCCUUCCAUUGAAAGAUCAAAUGCGUAGAUCAAUGUAUUAUGAGAUCACGCUCGAGCAGAGAUGGGAGCGAAUGUUCGCAUGUGAGCGUGAUAAUGAAAGCCCAGGCAAUGGUGUGGCUGUGGAUGCUGUUGUUCAAAGAGAAGUUGUCUCAGUUGCUGGAAGGGAAGCUGCGGAUGUAAAUGUGGUUGAUGGGGUGAUGUGGUUUAGGAGCUUCAGCAAAAAGGGAGAAGAAAUGAUUGCGGGGUUGAGCUUAUUGGUCGUUGGGAGAAUGAAAUGGGAGCAGGAAAGGGUUGGAUGGGUUGGGGGGGAAGAGAAGCAAGUUACACUGAAGAGAGUAGAGGAGUUUGGAGGUAAUGGGGGGUGGAGGAAUUUUGGUUUUUAUGUUUUGGUUGAGAGGUUUGUGGUGAAACGAAUGGAUGGGAGCCUGUUAUUAACAUAUGAUUUCAACCACAAUCAACAGAGUCGGGGAAAAUGGGAGUAAAAGUUCUUGUUGUCUUAUAAAUUAAAACACUGCAAAAUUCAAUUACUCUGUUCUCGUGUAUGCAUUACAAAAGUUGCUUACUUUUCAUUUUGUAUAUGGUUAUCGUGUUGUUUACCUAAUAAAA